GAUUCGAUCUCGACAAUCAUGGCUGCGAGUGUGAGUGUGAGUGUGAGUGUGAGUGUGGUGCCGGCGGCGGCGGAGGGGCUGAGAGCCGCAUACACCUCGGGGAAGACGAGGACGUACGAAUGGCGCGUUUCGCAGCUCAACGCGAUGCUCAAAAUCACGACUCGCCACGAGAAGGAUAUCGUCCUGGCUCUGAAUUCCGACCUCGGCAAGCACGAGCAUGAAGCUUUCCUUCAUGAGAUUUCUGCAGUUUCAGCAGCAUGCAGGAUGGCACUGAAGGAAUUGCGUCUAUGGAUGAAGCCUGAAAAAGUUAAAACAUCGAUGACCACUUUUCCCUCAUCGGGUGAAUUAGUGCCAGAACCCUACGGUGUCGUAUUGGUUAUAUCAACUUGGAACUAUCCGAUCUUGUUGUCACUUGAGCCAGUUAUUGCAGCUAUUUCAGCUGGCAAUGCUGUAGUACUGAAGCCUUCUGAAGUUGCCCCUGCGACUUCAGAAGUUAUGGCAAAACUUCUUGGGCAGUAUAUGGAUGCCUCUGCUGUCAAAGUUAUAGAAGGUGGUGUUCAAGAAACAACUGCGUUACUCGAACAGAAAUGGGACAAAAUAUUUUAUACAGGGAAUAACAAGGUCGGACGUAUUAUCUUAGCUGCUGCUGCCCAGCAUCUUACACCUGUGAUUUUGGAGCUUGGUGGGAAGUGUCCAGUAAUUGUUGAUUCAAACAUCAACUUAACAGUUGCAGUAAAAAGACUCAUCUCAGGCAAGUGGGGAUGCAACAGUGGACAAACCUGUGUUGCACCUGAUUAUGUAAUAACUACAAAGGCUUUUGCUUCAAAACUUGUUGACGCUAUUUCUUCUGAGCUAGAAAGAUUCUAUGGAAAGGAUCCUGUGAACUCAACGGACAUGUCCAGAAUUAUAAAUUCCCGCCAUUUUGAACGCCUAACAAAGCUUUUGGACGAAGAUAAGCUUUUUGGUAAAAUAGUUAUUGGUGGCCAAUGCGAUAAAACCAACCUCAAGAUUGCUCCCACUGUUAUACUGGAUCCCCCACUAGAUUCUCUGAUCAUGACUGAGGAGAUUUUUGGUCCUUUACUUCCCAUCAUCACGGUCAAUGACAUUAGGGAUGGAUUUAACUUUAUCACUUCUAAAGAGAAGCCCCUUGCUGCAUAUAUAUUCACAAAUGACAGAAAGCUCAAGGAAGAUUUCGUGCAACGAGUUUCAGCGGGUGGCAUUGCUGUUAAUGAAGUAACUAUUCAUCUUACUGAUCCGGCAUUGCCAUUCGGAGGCGUGGGUGAAAGUGGCAUGGGAACAUACCAUGGAAAAUACUCUUUCGAAGCUUUCAGCCACAAAAAGCCAGUUCUGUACCGCGGGUUCACCGGGGAAAUAUCUGCAAGGUAUCCACCAUACACCACUAGAAAGCUGAAAUUUCUGAAAGCUGCAAUGAAUGGUAACAUAAUUGGCAUUAUUCGCGCCUUGCUCGGAUGGUAGAUUCAUACACCUGCAUUCCCUCGGGUGGGUUAAUAAGAUGUAGCGGGUUUAGAUGGCUGUGUAGAUCGAAGCAUGUCUCUCGUUCUCUUCUAUAUCUCUUCAACUUCAAUAUGCUAAACACUUGUGUAUUUUUCAUAUUUUUCUCACCACAUAUAACUCAUUUGUAUGUUUUAAAAGGAUAUCAAUGACA